AUGGCGAUUGCACUGGAUAAAACAGAUCAUUUUGAAGAUUUAUUGACAUGUACCAUCUGUUUAGAGGUCUUUACAGGGCCUAAAUAUUUACCCUGUCUCCACACGUUCUGCAAGACAUGCAUUAACACUUACAUUCUAUCAACCGUGGGGAAGGAGAAAACUAAAACGACCUUUAAGUGUCCGAUUUGUCGACAGAAUGUUUUGAUGGGAGAGUCAACAGGUAAUCCGGAGACCUGGGCCGAAAAACUACCAGGUAAUCAUUUCGUUGCUUCAUUGAUGGAUAGACAAGCAAUAAGACGAAGCGAAAAAAUAUGCGACUCUUGUAAAGCGAACAAUAAAUCUAAAAAAGCGUUAUCUUGGUGUAUUGUAUGCGAAGAGGCGUUUUGUGAAUCUUGUGAACAAUGUCACAAAACUUUUAAGAUGAGUGCAAAACACCCGUUAUUAUCACUGAAGGACAUUGCAAGUAACAGAGAAACGACAAUCGCGUCUUCGUUAAUUUAUUGCGUAGAACAUUCAGGGGAAGUAAUUAAGGCUUACUGUGUUGAUCAUUCUAAACCAUUAUGUACAUUAUGUGCCACUUUAUCGCACAGAAAAUGCGAAGAUGUCAUAACAAUCGAGAAGGCGGCUUCAGGAAUAAAAAAAUCACCGAAAACAAUGGAAUUGUCAUCAGAACUUAAAGAAACGAGCAAACAGCUGUCUGAUUUGAUAAAAAACAGGAAAAACCAUUUGACCGAUUUCGAAAAAGAGGCUGAAGCUAUUCUUAUCAAAGUCAGUAUCAUAAAGGAUAAUAUUUCUAAACACCUAAACAAAAUUGAAACCCAAAUAAAGGGGGAAAUAAUCAAAUCCAAGAAAGAAGAAGUUCUGAAACUAUCUGAAGAGUCAUCAGAUAUUGAAAAUUUGAAGAAUAAGAUUGACAAUUGGAUUGCUUUAUUUGAUACCUGUUUACAACAUGGGUCUGAACAGCAGUGUUUACUGGAAAUUGAUAAAAUUAACGAAAAUAAGGUAAAAUUUGGUGAUGCAUGUAUCAAAGGUAUAAGCGAAAUAAAGAAUAUUUCUAUGCUUCUAAAGGCAAAUGACAUAGCAGAAAAUUUUGAAAAAAGAGUCGAAGUUAUUGGGGUUGUUGAACUAGUUAAAACCCAUCCAAGUUGUCCAAAAUUAUCGUUCGGAAAAACCGUAGAUUUUCACACGGGGAAAAUAAAAGUAAUAAAAGUUAUUGAACUUACUGGUUAUUCCGUCUUUGUUAGUGGUCUUUUUAUGAAAAAUGAAUUCAUCUUUACGCACAGUCAUUUAUAUAAAGUCUUGAAAUAUAAUCACAACGGCAGCUGUCUCGCAGAACUAACAUUACCGAAGAAACCUUGCGAUAUAGCUCAAAUGACUGACACGAUGGCUGCUGUGUCAACAGAAGGAUAUACAUUGUUUAUUGUCGAUAUCCAGAAAAUGACACAUUGCCGUAAAAUUGACAAUACAUAUCCAGUUCAUGGAUUCUGUCAUGUAAACGGUGAAUUUAUUCUUGCAUAUAACAGUACUUUAACAUGGAUUAACGCUUCCACAGGGGUAAAAAAUGAACAAGUUACAACAAACGGGGACACUUAUUUUGUAUAUGGAAACAACCGUCAUGAUUACAUCUGUGCUGAUGGGACGUCGGUAGUGUCCAGAAUGCUAAAUAAUAGAAAAGCCUUUAUUUACACAAAAGAUAAACCUUCAAGUUCGAGAGGUAUAGACAUUGACUAUGAUGGGAAUGUGUAUCUAUGCGAAUAUUCUACAGGACAUAUACACCAACUUACUACAGAUGGCAAACUGGUAAAAAUUAUUCUAGCCGAUAGUAUUGGAAUAAAACAACCGUGGGGAAUACGUUUUAAGAAAGACAGCAACCAGUUCUUUGUCACAUGCUAUCAAACAGGGAAAGUUGUCGUGUGCGAAAUAGUUUGAAGAUUGCAGUGUAAUGUAUACUUCAGUAGAGUUAUUCUGUUCUAUAAUGUAGUUUUGUAGAUAGAUUCUAAUAAUUGAGUAAGUAAGACAAUUAUUUAUUAAAGCUGAUUCAUGUAAAUGUCAGAAAAGAAUAUUUUAAAAAGGAUCAGUAUAUAUAUGUAGAAUGUGUACACUUUUAAUGUGUCAGGAGGGAGGAUACAAAAUAGUGAUUAGAUCUUUGAACACAUUUAUUUCCAUGUAAAUAAUAAAUGAUGUAGGUUAUACGUCGUUAAAAAACACACCCCAUUGACACAAAAUCUAGAAGUCACUAUGCCGUUUUAUACAAUAGACAGAUAUACAUGACAGAUGUAGAUGGCAUCUUUGACUGACUUCUCCAAUUGUAAAGUUUUAGGCUUCCAUUUUUAGUUACGAGUUUUCAACAAAAGUGACGGAAUGUAACACCAUAUUUAGUCCACAAAAUUGGAAUAGAAUAUUUAUAUGCGAGUUCUCAUAAUUGCAAUGUACAUUCAAUCGCAUUUUUAGAUAACACAAAAAAUAAUUACAUUCUAAAUAUUAGUAUUGUUUUUUUGUCUGGUCAUUUAGUCUUUUCAUCUUUUCUUGCACAUACAAUUUGAUAUUGUUCUUAUUUUUGUUUUCUUCCUGUGUUUUAUUUUUUAAAUUGUGUUUUUUUGUUUCCCGGCUAUUAACCUUACGUAUCCGAACACUUUUUUUAAUGAGUAUUGUCUAUCCUAAAAUGAUAUAUUUGUUAUCGCUACACAUUUUAAACCGUUAAAGUUAUCGACAUCUUUUUGAACUUAUUGUUCUUGACAUCUUCAAAAUUGUUCAAUCAAUGUCGAACAAAGUUAUACGAUAACUUAUUAUUAGAGUUAUUUAUCUUUCUGUACUCAUUAACCGCUAGCCAAUGAGAACUAGGAAAUUGAAAUUAAGGUGAAAGGUCAACGUCAUAUUUCAGAUUUGUCCUUCGCUUGUUAUCUCGUUACUCCACAGAAACCGAAACAGUUACAUAUACAAGUUUUUUGUCAUGUUUAAGUUGCUACAUAACUGAUGAUUCAAAAUGAUCUCGUGAUUUCUUAUAGAAAUUUUUCUCCUUUUAGAAGUUUAAAGUUUGCUGAAUCAUAAACUAUGCAUAUUAGGCUUAGGUUCUUUCUUUCUUUGAAUCAAUGACAUUUGACGUAAAUUUUGUUCAAGGCUAAAUAUAAAGUUGACAUUGUAGGUUUCGUGUUUGCUUGCUAGUUCUUCUCCUUUGAAAUCGUUAAAAUAGACAAAGAAUGAAAUGCAGAUGGUUCAUGUCAGCAUAAUAUUUUUGAUUUUAUUUGGUGUAUUAAUUUAAUUUUUCCUGUACCAGUCUAGAGUUGAUACACGACUAAUUGGCAUGCGUCAUACCUCAUAUCCAAGGGUUAUUGGAUCUAUAUGAUGUACUAUUGACCCGAGAAGAAUGUAUUGCACGAGUUUGCGCGUGAAAUAUGAUAUGAAUGACAAUGCAAUGUUAAUUUUGCGCAAUUAGCCUUUUAUAUACAUGUAUAAUACCAAAUAGUUUUAUAUAGUUACACCAUUACAAUGUGAUUUUUAAGAAGCAUUUUCGUAGGUACCCUAUUUAAUUCGUCUUAACUGGUUUGAAUCACUAGCGGUGGUAUAUAAUACCUCUCGUUAAUGCAUGUUUUCUGUCGGUUGUUUACAAGAUCAGUAUCGUUUUUUAACGAUCUGUCCUUGAACCUAUCGCAAGUUAAUGGUUGAGUUAGUGUUAAAACGUCGAUUGGAAUCAGUUUUUAGGUAUUCUAUCAAAAAAUGAAAUCUACUCCGUUUCUACAGUGUAGGAUGGCAUGAUUAUGCUUAUCGUCAGGUAAAUCUCAUUGAAUUUGCUUUCAGUCACAUUGAGCUUCUUUUGGUACGGUAUUGUCUAUUAUUUAUUGUUUUUGUUAUUUUAUUUUCAUGCUUGAUGUGCUUUUUCUUCACUGAUUGUUAUUGUAAGUUCUGUUAUGUACUUUUGUUAUAUAACUGAUCGAAAUUGAAAAGGGGGUGGGUUGAAGUAUAAAGACAAUUUUAUUUUUUAAUCGUUUUGUAUUUUUUGUAAUUCGGUGUUGAAUCAAAAUUGAAAAAAAAAUGAAAAGCCGACGACUAUUUUUGAAGACCUCUAACUGUCUUUUAUGUAUUUUGAAGUUGGGUAUCAAUCUCAUUGACUACAAAUCUUCUUUUUAUUAUAGUCAAGAUAUUGCCUAAAUUGUACGUUUUCGUAUAUUUGUGUUCUUUCUUUAUUUUCAUACUAUUAUCAACAUUUGACAUUAUUAAAAACGUUUGUAGUA